AAAUAUCCAACUGUCUUUGGUUUUUUUUUUUUCCUCUAAAAAUGUUGCUAGCAUUCUAUCACCACCAACCUAUCUCUACCUUGUUUUGUUCGAAAACCUUACAAUCACUCCCAUCCUCAGCACCAUCUCUCUGCUGCUAUAAAAACUCCUCCAAUCCUUGUAAAUCCAUCAUUCCCUGCCACUCAUCUGCAGCUGCUGGCGACACUGAAACUGUGCCAAAAACUGCCAUCCAAAGGAUAGCCGAAAAGCUCCGCAGCCUCGGGUAUUUAGAUGAUGAUACGGAACAUAGAGAAAUGCGCAACGGCUCAGCCGGUGUCAUCUUCCUCCCACCUUCCCAUCAGCUGCCUAAACACCGGGUGGGCCAUACCAUUGACACCAGCUGGAGCACCCCCGAAAGCCCGGUACCAGAACCCGGGUCCGGCCCCACCAUUACCAGAUUCCACGAGAUGAUGAGGAGGAAGGAGUUGGAGAAGGAGAAGGAGAAGCAGAAGCAGAGGCAGAAGAAGAAGGGUAGGGCGUCGGUCCCACCAUCGGUUGCAGAGCUGACGAUAGCAGAAGAAGAGCUGAAGAGGCUUAGAAGCGUGGGGAUCCGUCUGGAUAAGAAGCUGAAGGUUGGCAAGGCAGGAAUCACUGAAGGGAUUUUGAAUGGGAUUCAUGAGCGCUGGCGAAGGUCCGAGCUCGUUAAGAUCAAGUGUGAUGACCUGUGCAGGAUGAACAUGAAGAGGACUCAUGAAAUUUUGGAGAGAAAAACUGGGGGUUUGGUUGUUUGGAGGUCUGGAAGUAUCAUCAUCUUGUACAGAGGCGCCAGCUAUAAGUAUCCUUACUUCUUGUCCGCCUAUAAUACAACAGAUGAUAUUCUUAGCGAUAAAGAGUCCUCAAGAUCAAGUGACGAUUGUGAAGUUUAUGGUGAGCAAGAGGACAGCUCAUCACACACAGUUGGUGUCAGUUCAUCCGUGGAAACAAUCUCACCCAGCAGGUUGGCUCGCUCACCGUUGGUACUUGGCGUUGGCUCCCCAAAAAAAGUGAGGUUUCAACUCCCAAGUGAAAAACAACUUGAAGAAGAAGCCGACUGCCUGUUAGAUGGACUAGGUCCACGAUUUACUGAUUGGUGGGGAUACGGUCCUCUACCCAUUGAUGCAGAUCUUUUACCAUGUUUUGUUCCUGGAUACCGGAGGCCUUUCCGUCUUCUUCCGUAUGGGGUAAAUCCUAAGUUAACAGACCGGGAGAUGACCAUUUUAAGGAGACUUGGCCGUCCCUUACCAUGCCAUUUUGCAUUAGGGAGAAACAGGAAUCUUCAAGGGUUGGCAGCUUCUAUGGUUAAGCUCUGGGAAAAAUGCGAGGUUGCAAAAAUUGCAGUUAAGAGAGGUGUCCAAAACACCAACAGUGAGAUGAUGGCCGAAGAAUUGAAGGGGCUAACUGGAGGAACUCUUCUAUCAAGAGAUAGGGAAUUCAUUGUCUUUUACAGGGGUAAAGAUUUUCUACCACCUGCAGUCUCUGCUGCAAUAGAAGAGCGUAGGAAGUACAGAAUUCACAAAGAGGAACAAAAAAUAGUUAAAGACAUAUCUACUGACACUGGAGUUGAGCAUGAAUUGGGGCCAGCAGAAUCUGUUUGUAUAGAUGAGCUUGAAGAAAUGAAGGACCCGAAAAGGGAUCUUGCCAUGGAGAUAAGGAAAUUGAGGUCCACAAGCUUAGCUGUUAAAAGCAUGGAUGUCAAGCUGUCUAUGGCACUAGAAAAGAAGGAAAAGGCAAAGAAGCUUCUGGCAGAGCUAGAGAAAGUGGCUGAGCCUCAAAAACCAGAAGUUGAUAGGGAGGGAAUUAGUGAAGAAGAAAGAUACAUGCUAAGGAAGGUUGGCCUUAGAAUGAAGGCUUUCUUACUGUUGGGCAGACGGGGAGUUUUUGAUGGCACGAUUGAAAACAUGCACCUUCACUGGAAGUACAGGGAACUUGUAAAGAUAAUUUGCAAGGAUAGGUGCAUUGAAGAUGUUCACAUAGUGGCUCAGACAUUAGAGGCUGAAAGCGGGGGGAUAUUGGUGGCAGUAGAAAGAGUGAAUAAAGGUCAUGCUAUCAUUGUAUAUCGGGGGAAGAAUUACCAACGCCCAGCUGACUUGAGACCUCGAACACUCUUAAAUAAAAGACUAGCAAUGAAGCGCUCCUUGGAGGCACAACGUUGUGAGUCUUUAAAGCUUCAUGUCUUGAAACUCGAUAGUGAUAUAAACAAAAUGAAACUUGAAUUGGCCAAAAAUGACCAAGUGGUGAACUUUGUUCAGUCAACUGAAGGUAUUAGAGCAAAUACAGAAUCUGACACUGGCAGCCAUACUCGUUCACUAGAAUCUGGUUACCAUCAAGAGAAUACCGAGGCCAACGAAGACCCUGAAGUUGAUGCAAGUUCCUUGCACUCCAUUGAACGUGUGGACUCUUCUAGAGACAGUGAAGGGAAUGCCAAAACUUCAAUAAAUGUAAUCGAAUCUACAUUUCAAGUGCACAAUAUGCAGCCACAGGAUAUGAUUGAACAUUCUGCAGCUGAAGUUGAAACUUACGUCUCUAGGGAUGGGUCAAGGGAGUUGUCACUUGAAUCAUCUGUAUACAAACCUCCGUCAUCUGUUCACAAAGAUAAGAUGGAGGGAUCUGAUGUUGAAAUCCCUUUCAUGACUGCACCUCUUUCCAAUCGAGAUAGGCUUGUCUUACGAAAGCAGGCCCUCAAGAUGAAAAAGCGCCCUGUGCUUGCCAUUGGGAAGAGUAAUGCAAUUACUGGUGUUGCCAAAGCAAUUAAGAUGCACUUUCAGAGGAAUCCUCUGGCGAUUGUGAAUGUCAAGGGCAGAGCCAAGGGUACUUCUGUCCAGGAGGUGGUUUUUGAGCUAGAGCAAGCGACUGGUGCAGUGCUAGUAUCGCAGGAGCCCAACAAAGUAAUACUCUACAGAGGGUGGGGAGAGGAACAUGGUGUUGCUUCUAAGAAGGAAAAGAAGGAUGAAAGAGAAACAAGGAAAAGUCAAGAGACUGCAGUUUCACCUCGACUCCUAGCUGCUGUUAGAAUUGAGUGCGGAUUGCAGACCAGUCUAGGGGACGUAGUACCUUUUUAAGUGAGAGAGAGAGAGAGAUUGGUAUGAUAUUGUUGGCUAUGACAAUGAGCAGUUCCUGAGCUUCACAAUUUGCACCCCCGUUCAUGUAUUUUAUUAUUAUUAUUUUUUUUAAUGUCAAAAUGAUUUGAGGUUCAAUGCACAGUGUUUUAAGUAUAGCCGAUAUAUCUCUUGCAAUAUAUCUUGUAUUCUACGUGUGUGAUAUGAAACACACAAGUAAUGGGACAUGUUCGAUCUGAUGAGCAUUUUUAAUUUUUUA